GGGGGCGGCCGGAGCCGGGCGGACCCGCGAGCCGGGAGAGCCGCCGCCUUCCCGUGCGGCCGCUGCGGAGAGGGGGAGCUGCGUUACUGCAGGUGGAGAUUUUGGCGGAGGGGGUGGGGGCCGGGGGAGAUGCCAUUUCUGACCGAAGGAGAUCGCCGGCGAGGAUGAGAUGCAGGUGAGAGAUAGGAUGUUAGCUGGGGAGGCGAGUAUGCGCAGCCCAAUCCUGGCCUGCUGGCAGCCAAUUCUCCUCCUGAUGCUGGGAUCCAUCCUGUCCGGCUCUGCCACGGGCUGCCCUCCGCGCUGCGAGUGCUCUGCCCAGGAGCGUGCUGUGCUGUGCCAUCGGAAGCGAUUCAUGGUCGUCCCGGAGGGGAUCCCGACGGAGACCAGGCAGCUAGACUUGGGUAAGAACCGCAUCAAGACGCUCAACCAGGAUGAAUUUGCCAACUACCCUCACCUUGAAGAGCUGGAGCUAAACGAGAACAUUAUCAGUGCCAUUGAACCUGGGGCUUUCAACAACCUCUUCAACCUCAGGACGCUGGGGCUCAGGAGUAACAGACUCAAGCUGAUCCCCUUGGGGGUGUUUACUGGACUCAGCAAUCUUACCAAGCUAGACAUUAGUGAGAACAAAAUUGUGAUCCUCCUAGACUACAUGUUCCAGGACUUGUACAACCUGAAGUCUUUGGAGGUAGGGGACAACGACCUUGUCUACAUUUCCCACCGGGCCUUCAGCGGCCUCAACAGCCUGGAGCAGCUGACCCUGGAGAAAUGCAACCUGACCUCCAUCCCCACAGAGGCCCUGUCUCACCUGCACGGCCUGAUUGUGCUGCGGCUGCGCCACCUGAACAUCAACGCCAUCCGGGAUUACUCAUUCAAGAGGCUGUACAGGCUUAAGGUCCUCGAGAUCUCACACUGGCCCUACUUGGAUACCAUGACAUCCAACUGCCUGUACGGGUUGAACCUGACCUCCUUGUCCAUCACUCACUGCAACCUGACGUCCAUCCCGUACGUGUCGGUGAGGCACUUGGUUUACCUCCGCUUCCUGAACCUGUCCUACAACCCCAUUGUCACCAUCGAGGGCUCCAUGCUCCAUGACCUGCUCAGGCUGCAGGAGAUCCAGCUGGUGGGAGGGCAGCUCAACACGGUCGAGCCCUUUGCCUUCCGCGGCCUCAAUUACCUGCGCAUCCUGAACGUGUCAGGAAACUUGCUGACCACUCUGGAAGAGUCGGCCUUCCACUCGGUGGGCAACCUGGAGACGCUCAUCCUCGACAACAACCCCUUAGCCUGCGACUGUCGGCUGCUGUGGGUUUUCCGACGGCGAUGGAGGUUGAACUUCAAUAAGCAGCAGCCCACCUGCUCUACCCCCGAGUUCGUCCAGGGCAAGGAGUUCAAAGACUUCCCUGACGUCCUCCUGCCCAACUACUUCACCUGCCGCCGGGCUCGGAUACGGGACCGCAAACCUCAGCAGAUCUUUGUGGACGAAGGCCACACGGUGCAUUUUGUCUGUCGGGCAGACGGGGAUCCGCCACCCGCCAUCAUGUGGCUUUCUCCCCGGAAGCACCUCAUCUCGACCAAAACCAACGGGCGGCUCACUGUCUUCCCUGACGGCACGCUGGAGGUGCGCUACGCUCAGAUCCAGGACAACGGCACCUACCUAUGCAUUGCCAGCAACGCGGGUGGCAACGACACCAUGCUGGCCCACCUGCACGUGCGCAGCUACUCCCCAGACUGGCCCCACCAGCCCAACAAGACCUUCGCGUUCAUCUCCAACCAGCCCAACGAGAGCGAUGCCAACAGCACACGUGCCACCGUGCCUUUUCCCUUUGACAUCAAGACUCUCAUCAUCGCCACCACCAUGGGCUUCAUUUCUUUCCUGGGCGUCGUGCUCUUCUGUCUGGUGCUCCUCUUCCUGUGGAGCCGGGGGAAAGGCAACACCAAGCACAACAUUGAAAUCGAGUACGUGCCACGCAAGUCUGACGCAGGCAUCAGCUCUGCCGACGCACCGCGCAAAUUCAAUAUGAAAAUGAUUUAACCAGGCAACAAUUUGCAAAUAGUUUUGGUUGGGUUUUUUUUUUUUUUUUUUUGGUUGUUGUUUUUUGUUUUGUUUCGGUUUUUUUUUU